GCCGGCAGGGCCAGUCGGAACCGCGCCCCGAGCCCAGACAGGUCGGCCGGCGUUGGGCUGCACCACUGUCGCGGCGCGGGGGGAGCGGGAUUAGAACGCGGCGCGCUGGUCUCAUGGCCGCGUCGGCGGGCGCGGCGCUGGGGCCGUUGGUCGGUGCCAUCGACCAGGGCACGAGCUCCACGCGCUUUCUGGUUUUUAAUGCAAAAACAGCAGAGCUCCUGAGCCACCAUCAAGUAGAAAUACAACAGAAAUUCCCUAAAGAAGGGUGGGUGGAGCAAGAUGCAAGAGAAAUCUUGCAGUCAGUCCAUGAAUGUGUGGAGAGAACAUGUGAGAAACUGAAACAGCUGAACAUAGAUAUUACCAACAUAAAAGCCAUUGGAGUCAGCAAUCAGAGGGAGACAACUGUGGUUUGGGACAAGACAACUGGAGAACCUCUGUACAAUGCUAUUGUGUGGCUUGACCUGAGAACCCAGUCAACAGUUGAGAGGCUUCUUAACAGAAUUCCUGGGAAAAAUAAAUCCUUUUUUAAGCCUAGGACUGGUCUUCCACUUAGCACAUAUUUCAGUGCAGUGAAACUUCGAUGGCUGCUGGAUAAUGUGGAAGAAAUUAAGCAAGCUGUUGAUGAUGGACGCGCUAUGUUUGGCACCAUUGAUUCAUGGCUUAUAUGGAGUUUGACUGGCGGAAGAAACGGAGGUGUUCAUUGUACCGAUGUGACUAAUGCCAGUAGAACAAUGCUGUUCAACAUUCAUUCCUUGGAGUGGGACCCUGAACUCUGCCAGUUUUUUGAUAUUCCUGUGGAAAUACUUCCAAAAGUGAGGAGUUCCUCUGAGAUCUAUGGCCUGAUGAAAAUCAGUUCUGCUGUGAAGUCUGGAGCUUUGACAGGUGUACCAAUUUCUGGGUGCUUGGGUGACCAAUCUGCUGCACUAGUUGGACAAAUGUGUUUUAGGGAUGGACAAGCAAAAAAUACGUAUGGAACAGGCUGUUUCUUGCUUUGCAAUACAGGUCCAAAGUCUGUAUUUUCUGAGCAUGGCCUUCUGACCACAGUGGCUUACCAGCUGGGCAGGGACAAGCCUGUAUGUUAUGCACUAGAAGGGUCUGUUGCCAUAGCUGGGGCUGUUGUUCGCUGGCUGAGGGACAAUCUUGGUAUUGUGAAAUCUUCCCAGGAAGUUGAAAAACUUGCUGCUGAAGUGGGAACUUCUUAUGGCUGCUACUUCGUACCAGCAUUUUCAGGACUCUAUGCACCAUACUGGGAACCCAGUGCAAGAGGUAUUAUCUGUGGCCUUACUCAGUUUACAAAUAAAAAUCACAUUGCCUUUGCUGCAUUAGAGGCUGUCUGCUUUCAAACACGAGAGAUUUUGGAUGCCAUGAACAAGGAUUGUGGGAUACCAUUAAGCCAGUUACAGGUUGAUGGAGGAAUGACCAACAAUAAGGUUCUCAUGCAGCUCCAAGCUGAUAUUCUCUGCAUUCCAGUAGUAAAACCAUCAAUGCCUGAAACAACAGCACUAGGAGCUGCUAUGGCAGCAGGAGCUGCAGAGGGAGUUGGAAUUUGGAGUCUGGAUCCUGGAGACUUGACAGCAGUGACAUGUGAACGAUUUGAACCACAGAUCAAUCCUGAAGAAAGUGAAUAUCGCUAUGCCAGAUGGAAGAAAGCAGUGAUGAAAUCAAUGGGAUGGGAGACAUCUGAACCUCAUUCAAAUGGUGACACUAGUAUCUUCUGUAGUCUGCCUUUGGGUUUUUAUAUAAUGAGUAGCAUGAUAAUGUUUAUCGGAGCAAAGUACAUCUCAGGUACUAAUAAGUGAGGCUACGUAAUGGAUUGUCAGGAUGCAGCCAAUUUGUGAAGAGAAUUGAGUUGUAUCUCCACAUCAGAUGGUACUGCCUGAAUGACUAGAUCACUUACAAAGCCAUCUGUUGCCUGAUCCUUGAGUGACAUCCCAAGGGUGACUUGAAACAUGAAAUAACCUGCUCUGCCCUUCCUCAUCUUCCCCCAUUUCUAACUAUUCUGGCAGCCUUUGAAUGGACGCUUUGGAAAACCCUAACUUCAUUUUGAAAGUGGACAUGAAAAGGAUUUUAACUUUUCUGAUCACUGCAGAGGCAUUCCUAUCCUAGGACCUUGUUAUUUUAUAAUGCACUAUGACGAGCUAUAAUAAUGCACUAUAGGAACGUAUAAAAUGGUCAUUUUUUCCAACAGUUGUUACAUUAAUAGAUGGUUGCCAAUGGUAUGUUUUUGUUUAGUAGCUGUUAGACAGAAUAUCUUUAUUGGUGUAUACUUUUUAAAAACGCUCAGUACAUCAUCAGUACCAGACAUUGUCACUAGUUUCUGCUGAUCUGAUGUCUGCAAACGCUGUUUAAUAUUUGAUUAAAAGUUAAGUUGCUUAGUCUUUCGUAUGUGCAUAGGUGAUCAUCAAUAUGAAAUACUUAAUGCUAAGUCCUAUAAAUGUCUCUUGUAAGAAGGUAGGAAGAAUCAGCUGCUUUGGAGAAAACGACUUUUUGUAUUCUGCUAGGUCAUAUUCUUUUGAAAGACCAAUUUUAUGCAUGCAUGCUGGUCACAGGAAAUGUCCUACUCCUUAACAGCUGAUACUAGUUACAGUUAAAUUGAUCCACAACAUUCCCUUGUUGGCCAGUACUGCAUGCCCUUAUUUUCAUCCUGAUUUUAGAGUACUUGGAUUAUUAUUUGCAAAACAUGGGGAUAUUGCUGGUGUUUGUGUCCACAAAAAGGGCCACUCCAAAUGAAAUCGUUUGUUUCAUUGAGGUUGCCAUUACUGAUUUUCAUUUGGUGUAGCAUGAGCACCAGAGUCUGCUUCUGAAUUGAAUUAAUCUGUUUUUGCUUAACAGUGUAUCCCAAAAUAGGCAGUUCACAAGCCAGGAUCCAGGUUUGGGGAUAUGCAAACUUUGGUAUCUACAAAUACCAUUCAUGUAAAUUGAGUUAUUUUUUAAAAUUAACUUUUGUAUAAUUAAGCUUAAACUAAAUACCUAAUUUAGCACAGGAAAAUUGAAAAGAUCCUGGAUAAUUUGACAGUUUCAACUGUAGUAGAGCAUGGAAAAUAUUUCUGUAUAGUUGUAUCGCUGGAACGUAGAUAUCCUCUUGCCUAAUUGAGGAGAAGACAAAUGUGGAGACUUUCAAGAUAAUCGAUGACAAAUUGUGUGUGUUAAAUAUACUAGGAGCUGAAGGGAGUAUGGGUUCUUCAUGUGCAAAAGGUUCUUCUUGUCUGUCUAAGGAAAGCCAGUUAUCUUUAACAACAGCAUUUUCUUCCUUUAAGCUAUAAAUGAAAAACUAAUAGAAAAUAUAGAGUACUAAAGCUGACUAGAAAUUCUCAUCUGUACAGUGUAUAUUUAAUGUUAACUGCAUAUGAUAUCCUUUUUAUCAAGUGCAAUGUAAUUUGAAAAUGUAAUCUUUUUUAAAAGAUUGUGAAGGAAAACAUUUUUCCAUUGCUGCAUGUAUGUAAUGUUAUUUUUAUAUUACUGGGAAUUAGUUUUGUGUACAGGUGAAAAUACAAAAAAUGACCAUGCCCAAAAACUAUUCACAAAUCCUUGUGCUGUGUGAAUGUACUCUGUUUGCUAAACACUUUCUGUAAAUACCUAGAAUUUGGGUAUAGCA